GUAAGAAGGUGUUUUUUUUUUAGAUGGAGGCCAACAAUUACUCUGCUGCUGCUGCUGGGUUGUGUCGUUACAGCUCUCUGGCGUCUUUUACCGUACUGCUUGGGAUGCUGUUACGAUAUGAGCUAAAACCGGGAAGCUAGCUAGUCAUAGUGAGUUAUUAUCCAUUGUGUAUGGAUAGGUGAAAAUAAAGCGUUUCGUGAACUAAUGUGUCCAGCUAGCUGUUAGCUAACGUUAGUGCCUAGGCGUUUAGAUAGCUAGCCAGUUAGCAAAAGAAAAUGCAUCUUUUGUAUACAGUUCUCGCUGCACUUUUGUCUUUCCUGGUCAUGAAAUGGAUGAAGCGCAGAAGGUACUGCAUGGAUGUAAAAAGACUGGAUGGAAAAACUGUUGUUAUAACUGGCGGUAACUCUGGCGUCGGCAAAGAGACAGCUGUGGCUUUGGCCCUGCGAGGAGCCCGAGUUAUCAUCGCCUGCAGGGAUGAAGACCGAGCCUCGAAGGCCGUACGGGAGAUCAAGAACAGGAGCCGCAACAUGAACGUACUCUUCAUGGAGGUGGACCUGGCCAACAUGAGGUCCAUCCGAGAGUUCUGCAAGAACUUCCUGCAGAAGGAGAAGAGGCUGGAUGUUCUCAUCAAUAAUGCAGGUGUUCCCAGUGUCCUGGACUGGACCGACGAUGAUUUUUCCAUGUGCUUUGGCGUAAAUCACCUGGGUCACUUCCUCCUAACCAAUCUUCUUCUGCCACGGCUUAAGGAGAGCACGCCGAGCCGCAUCAUCACCCUCACCUGCUCCAGCUACAAGUACCAGAGACUGGACUUCCAGGAUCUUAACUACAACCUGUUUCCUUUCUUCACCUACUGCCGCAGCAAACUGGCCAAUAUCUACUUCACCCAGGAGCUGGCUCGCAUCACGGAGGGCAAAGGAGUGACUGCCUACGCUGUGCAUCCUGGUUACGUGCAGAGUAACUGGACGUGCCACUACUCCUUCCUGUACCAGCUGCUCAUGAAGGUGGUCACGUUUAUGCUUUUUGUGCCGUGCGAGGCCGGGGCGCAGACGGUCGUGCACUGUGCCGUAGCAGACGAGGUCACGGCUCACAACGGGGGUUACUUCAGCGACUGCAGACCCGCCUCGUUAAAACCUUACGCCAAGGACAGCGGUGUGGCCAAAAAACUCUGGGAAGCUAGUGAGAGGUUGGUCAAACUUGCCUAAGAGCUGCAGCAUAAUUAUCCGCAUAUUGGAAUUUUUUUUUUGCUUUUAAAUAAAUGAUUAUUUAUGAAGUAUGUGUGUAAUUAAAUUUAAUUUUCUUAAGCGUUCACUACAGAUGUGACUUGUGUCUUGUGUGAAGCUUGACCUUGCUAAAAUAAAUACUUCAUUAACGAGA